CUCGGCUGCGCGCGCCAUGGCCCGGGGCCUGCGCGGCCUCCCGCGGCGCGGCCUCUGGCUGCUGCUGGUGAAUCACCUCUUCUUGGCCACCGCCUGCCAGGACACUGACCACGCCGCCCUCCUCCGGAAGUACUGCCUCCCCCAGUUCCAGGUGGACAUGGAGGCCAUCGGGAAGGCGCUGUGGUGCGACUGGGACAAGACCAUCGGGAGCUAUAAAGACCUCUCAGACUGCACCAGGCUCGUGGCGCAAAGGCUGGACUGCUUCUGGCCCAACGCGGCGGUGGACAAGUUCUUCCUGGGAGUCCACCAGCAGUACUUCAGAAACUGCCCCGUCUCCGGCAGGGCCUUGCAGGACCCGCCCAGCAGCGUCCUCUGCCCCUUCAUCGUCGUCCCCAUCCUGGCGACCCUGCUCAUGACCGCCCUGGUGGUCUGGAGGAGCAAGCGCCCCGAGGGCAUCGUGUAGCCGCUCCCGAAAGCUGUGGGGCGCUAACGGCAGAGCGGCGCCCCAGGCCCCUCUUCCACCCAAGAGAAGCUAUAACCGCAGGAUUUGCGAGUGGUCCUGGCACAGGCAUUGACCCGGAAGCCACCCUUGGAAGGGCUGCCCAGGCGCCGGGAGCGGGCACAGCGACAGUCUUCCUGCGGGGCGGGCUAAGCCGGAUCCCAAUUGUUUAGAAACCACCCCCAGUUCCGUCCAACCUCUUGCCAGGCUGUGCAUAAGGAGUCUGCAAUUAAAAGAUGUCCCUGAA